CACACAAAAUUUUACGCGUUUUAAAAAAUUUAGUCGCCUUUUAUUUUAUACAUAAUUAUUUUAAACGAAGUAAAUAUUGUUAAUGCAAGAGUGUUUGGUUAUUGUGCAAAGCAUAUUGAGCAACUUUUAAGUAAUAUUCACCAUUGUAUUUCCGGAAGUGAAAGGCUAAAUUAUGAAUUGCGCCAUAUGCAAAGUGAACAAAAUAGGUCCGAAGACCGCACCAUUUGGGGGUUACCUGUGUGGGAAUGAACAUAUGCAAUGUGGCGAAUGCAACGAUCGCACUUAUGGUCAGUGCGGCCUUUGUGAAGCGAGAACCUUCUUCGUACAAAUGAAUUUUAAUCAGCGCUGCAAAGAUAUUUCACCUAUGCGCCGAAAAUUUCUAACCUCAUUGGGACCGGUAGAUACCUCACCAAGCAUAGAUACGGAAAACCGGUCAGUCGCUGCAGCUACACUUGAAACAGAUUCAUCUUACAUUUUUCCGAAAGCAUUCUAUACUGACAUGGAGACACAAUCGAGUAUUUCUCAGGAGCAGUUGAGUAUGCAUGAGUCACACGAUUCUAUCAGCACGAGCGAAGAUCAAGGUGAAACUAAUCAGUUCUUAGCUGAGGGGAGGAACUUCUUGCCUUUACAAUAUCGGACGCUUGUAUCUGGUCAUAUUUUUGACGAGAAUGCAGAAUCAACUGCGGACGCCACGGCUAUUAGGGCUACUACCGCAACGGCUGAUGCAACUAUGUCGCCAUCUCCCAACCCAAUAUCUAUGUCGAUACCAAUACCUAUGAGUCAGUACCUGCCGAAUGCACAGGAACGCAUCCAAAUGGAAACCAUCUUUUUUGGCAAUAAUAAUGCACCACAGUCGGCUUCGAAUUUCAUAUUUCCAUUUCGAACAGAAAACGGUUUCAUGCGUUUGAUACAGCAGCGGGAUUCGAAUAAACCCGAAUUGGAAGUUAUCGAAGCGCCAAAGAGCCUACAGUUGACAACUGAGCGUACAAAUGCCCGUGAUGCUUCCUGUGCCGGCGGCUGUGACAGUGUCGAAGAAAGAAAGGAAAAAGUUACCCAUUCGUGUGCUGAAGAUACAGAAGACGUCAUACAUACUUCAGAGAUUCGUUUUAUGGAAUCUACUGAAAGUAUGAAAAACUACUUCUCAGGUGGCACAAUGCAUCCCAUUGUCAAAGCAAAACAAGAAUCACCUACAAGCACCACUGCUAACAGUCACCAUUAUCAACCUCAGGAAUCUAUAUCUAUAAAGAAAUUGCACGCCUUCGAGUCACACAAUAUAGCACAUCCCACUGAUCUUGUCGAAAGUUACCUACGCAAUUAUGGUCCACUUGCCUUGUGUCAAUUCCCAGCUUAUUCAUUCAGCUAUAGUUGUCAGGAGAAUACUUGUGCGACUGUGGACGGCUUACACGAUCGCCGACAGUCAAUGGUUCAAUCACAAACACAACAGAAUCAGACACGCACUGUUUCGGCCUCUACUGAAUCAGAACCAACUUUGGCCAGCACUAAGAAAUGUGAAUUUCCAGCUAAACAUUUACCGCCCGAUUAUUUUGUAAUGCAAGCAACUGGUGUGGCAGCGCCUACAUCUGAAACGCUGCCAAAUCCAGAAAAGGUAGAACGGUCCAAUAUUGAUAUACGUAUGCAGAAGGUUUUAGAAACCUUUCAAGAAGAUCCAUGCACUCCAAAUAUUAGCGAAAAGCCCCUUAUUGAGCAGACGAAGAAGUAUUUGAAGAUAAUGGAUCCUUCACAGCCACCACAAGUUGUGAAUCCACCAAUUUCGUUGGAAAAUGAUAAACUUCUGGAUCUGACCAGCACUUGUGACAUAGCAACUGCCGAGAAAUCGAGCCUUGAUAUCAUGGCACAGCUCUCAAACACACAUCGUGCUUUCUAUAAUCCCCCUUCUGGACAGCCAAUCAAUGCACAUGAAUUAAACAACUUUCAUUGUCCCGAGCCACCUCCACAAUUCCAACUCGUAACUUGCUCUAAUAUCAUGGCUGCAGACCUAUUGCUUAACAAAAGCCGCUUCAUUAAUAUUAAGCCAAUACCCGCCUGCUACUUGACCAUUCCAAGACCACCGAUUAAGUGCCCUGAGUCCUCAUGUCAACGCAUGAUCUUCGUUUCUGAUUUCAAUAAGCAUUUGAUUGUUGAUCACAGCCUUUUGCCGAUGGAACGAAUAGCGCCACGUCAAUGCAAAAAUUUCUUUCUAGAUCCAAAGUUGUCGCAUUGCGGCAUUAGCAAAUGUCACUUGCUCUAUCUUAUACGCGAUAAAAUUACAGAUCUUGGUAGUAGCAAAUUUAAGGACUUCUUGCCGAUGUUGGUGAUGAGUACGCGAAUCCGUCUUUCGGAUUUGUGUGGCAUUAGAGCACACGAGCAUCCGAAAUUUUUUGAGAGUGAAGCGAAUACUGAGUACUUGAUGAUAUGGUUGACGGGCAUUGUGCCAGAAGAGUUUCCAGUGGGCAUCAGCCUAACUGUAUGGUCGCGGUCCGGUAAAGUACCUACUUGUCAUAUUGUGCAUUCAGGUGAAAUAUAUUCGGUGCGCCAAUCGCAAGACAUCAAAGAAGUUUGGCGCAGCGGCCAAAUGCUAUUACUCUCCGCUUCCGAUUUGCAGCUACUUACCAACGGUGGUAAAGAGAUGCUCGAACUGCAAAUUAUCGUACAUUAGAUGUUCACUAGAAAUGUUGAACUAUGUAUUAGUUAGCCUACGUAAUUGUACAAUUAUACAUGCAUUCAGUACACAAUCCAAUUUAUAUUUUACACACAAUUAGGUUAAAUAGAUAAAAAUAAAUAGUUGCUCAAAAAAUAGAUUCAUCAAACUCGAAAUAUAC